UGAGCUCUCUUCACAGAAAGGUAUAGCUAAGCUCUCUCUAUCUCUCUCUGUUUUUGCUGUGUUCAGUUUUUUGUGUGUUGGGAUUUGGGUUUCAUGGAGAGGCACAAGUGUAAGCUUUGCAUGAGGAGCUUUUCUAAUGGCAGAGCUUUAGGGGGUCACAUGAGGUCUCACAUGAUGAACCUUCCGAUUCAUCAGAAUCCACAAGGGGAGGAGGAAGAUGCGCCAGUACAUGAUCAAAUGCUCAUUGAUGAAAUAGACUCAGUUUCAGCUUCUUCUUCUUCUGAUGAUGAAGAAGGGCAUGGAGAAGAGGAAGAGGAAGAUGAGGAAGGUUUGUAUUACGGGCUUAGAGAGAAUCCGAAGAGGAGCAUUCGGUUAGUAGAUCCUGAGUUUUCUUUUGCUGUUGAGUCUGGGUCUGUUGUUCUUCAGGACAGAGAGAGUGAGACCGAGUCGUCCAAGAACCCAACUCGGAGACGAUCCAAGCGGACUCGGAAAUCAGCCAUGUUUGAUCAUCUUCAACAUCACGAUCAUCAACAACUUCAUAAUCAAUACCACCAUCAUCAUCCAAAGCUUAAUCAACAUCACCAAGAAGCAUUCAACAAAAUUAAGCUGAAAAACAAGAUAGAUUCUUAUGCUAAUAAUAAUGUAGAGCCCGAACCGGUGAGUUCAAUUUCUGAUGCCACAACAGAGGAAGAUGUAGCAUUUUGUCUCAUGAUGUUAUCCAGGGACAAAUGGAAAAAACAAGACAAACAGCAACAAGAGGAACAAGAUUAUCAAGACGAGGAUGUUGAAGUUGAAUAUAGAUCUUUGGACGAAAGUGACGAAUCCGAGGAGCAACUGAUCAAGUUUCAAAGAACAAAAAGUAGUAGGGGAAAGUACAAGUGCGAAACUUGCAACAAAGUCUUCAAAUCCUACCAAGCUCUUGGGGGACACAGAGCAAGUCACAAGAAGAUUAAAGCCGCUUCCGCUGCCAAUCCAAACCCGAAUCGCAUUGUUUACAAGCCCGAACCCGACCCAGAAAUUAACCACAAUGCAGGAAGUUCUUCUUUCGUAAAAACGCAUGAAUGCCCUGUUUGUUUCAGAGUCUUCUCAUCUGGGCAAGCGCUUGGUGGACACAAGAGAUCACAUGUGACUGGUUCUGCAGCCAUUAACUACACUCACCAUCACACUCCAUCUAUGAAAAGCUUGGCAAAGCUUGGUGACAAUAUGAUAGAUCUUAAUCUUCCUGCUCCUGUUGAUGAUGAUGAGAUGAGCCAAAUCGAGCUUUCUGCGGUUUCUGAUGCUGAAUUUGUGAACCCAAUUAGGCGAUGAAUUCAAGUCUUUGU